AUGGAGAGGAGGACAUUUGUUUGUUUGCUGGAGCGGUGUCUGCCCAGGCAGCCAGGGAAAUCAGGAGCAGCCCGGAUCGCGGCCGGAGUGCCCUGCCAGCACAGGCGGAAAAGGCUGGUCCGUGUCGGCUCCUUCUCGGCUCCCCAACUCCUGCCCAGCCAGUGUUCUGGGAGCCAGCACUCCGCAGACCUUGGAGGCCCCCAGCGCGCCACUCCUCGCGCUGCGCCGCCACGCCGCGCUCCCGACCACAACCGCGGCGUUGGAACCGCGCGAGGGGGGAUGAGGGGCGCCGCUCAAGGAGGGGCGCCCGCUGGGCAAGCGCCGCCGCCGGGACUCCGGGAGGAGACGAAAGUGAAAAAUGCCAAGACGUCAUCUGCGGAUAAGAAAGGAAACAAGAUUGUUGGGGGCCAUAGAAAUAAUGACUGGUCUGAAUAUUCAUGGCGUGGGACUGCUCUGGACAUAUUUGUUUCUCUCACAACCUUCUGCAUUUGCAAAAUCGUAUCUUCCUCUCUCAGCAGUAACAGGGUACCCAUAUUGGUCAUCUGCAUGUUUUAUCUUCUCAGGAGCCCUUGCAGUAAUAGUAGAGAGGAGGCGUUCUAUAUUCUUGGUAAGUCAGAAUGUUUGUAA